AGAGAAAUGCGAGCGGGGAGCGGUAACAAAAUGUCAACUCGGGCUGCUCUCCGUCACUCGCAGACAUGAGAGGAGUCCCGUCUGCCCUUUCCACCCUUUCCAACAAGUCGCUCUCUUCACCAUGCGGAUCCACUGCAAAGUAGUUGUGAUCGCCGUGUGUUUCGGAGUUUUCCUACUUUUGUACUUUUUGGGGGGCAACACCGCGGACGAUCCGCUGUUGAAAGAAGUUAUACAGGAGGAGGAGGAGGAGGACAGCAACUCUUCCCCGUCGUCCUCUGAGCUCGGACGCAAUGUUGCAGCAAAGUUUGCGAGGAAACCACCGGCCGGAGUCGCCGUGCGUCCGGAGGAGCCUCCUCUCAAGAGACGGAAAGAGGGGAAACCGAUCAAUAGAGGGGCUAGCGUGAAUGCAAAGAGUAAAUCGCGGAGUGAUGUGCGCCGACCUGUGACCAGACGCAUCAGGGCAGAGGAAGUCAUGCACCUGGCCGUGGUGGCCUGUGGGAAUCGUUUGGACGAGACUCUCACCCUGGUCAAAUCGGCCCUCUUGUUCAGCAUCAAGAAGAUCAAGUUUCACAUUUUUGCCGAGGACCCUUUGGCCCCGCAGUUUGAAGAAAGGCUGAACAAGUGGCCCCGCUCCAUCUUAGCCAAGUUCCAGUUCAGCCUCUACCCCAUCACCUUCUCCGUAGGGAACGCUGACGAGUGGAAGAAGCUCUUCAAACCCUGCGCUGCUCAGAGACUCUUCCUCCCUGUCAUCCUGAAGGAUGUGGACUCCCUGCUGUAUGUGGACACUGAUGUGCUGUUCCUGCGGCCCAUGGAUGACAUCUGGAGUCUCCUGAAGUCCUUCAACAGCACCCAGCUGGCAGCAAUGGCCCCAGAGCACGAGGUCCCCAAGAUUGGCUGGUAUAGCCGCUUUGCACGCCACCCUUUCUACGGGGUCACAGGGGUCAACUCCGGUGUCAUGCUGAUGAAUCUCACGAGAAUCCGUCACACAAUGUUCAAAAACAGCAUGAUCCCCAGCGGUCUGUCGUGGGAGGAUCUACUGCAUCCACUCUACCAGAAGUACAAGAACCACAUCACCUGGGGGGACCAGGACCUCCUCAACAUCAUCUUCCACUACAACCCAGAGUGUCUCUUCAUCUUUCCCUGCCAGUGGAACUACAGGCCUGAUCACUGCAUGUACGGGAGUAAUUGUAAAGGGGCCGAAGAGGAGGGUGUUUCCAUCCUGCACGGCAAUCGUGGAGUGUAUCAUGAUGACAAGCAGCCGGCCUUCAAAGUAGUCUAUGAUGCAAUACGUGAUUUUCCAUUCGAGGACAACAUGUUUCAGUCCCUCUUCUAUCCGAUCCAGACCAAGUUCCUGGACACGGUCAACACCCUGUGUGGUCGGAUCCCUCAAGUCUUCCUCAAGCAGAUAGAAAAGACCAUGAAGAAGGUGUUUGAGGACAAAGUGGUCCGACACGCAAAACCACAUAAAUAACAGAAGGAGGAAACAGACUCCAUGUUUUAUCUGAGAAUAACCGAGGACCACCUCGCUGUGGAUUAUGUGUCAAACCAGCAUCUCUAAGAUCGAACUGCAGUGUAUUCAACACAUGACACCCAACACCUAGAAUAUGAACAUUAUGAUGCUCUAUUGGUGGGUUAUGGUAAUAAUAAUUCUAUGUAUACAGAGAAGCAUACAGUGCUGGUCAGUGAUGCUGUAGAAUAGGUUUUUGCCUUAAUGCCGUCUUACAUUGUGCACAGCCUUUUUAAUGUACGGUGAUAAAAUGAAUAAGAAUGUUACAGUGGGGGGGGGAAAAGACUGCAUUAUUUUUUUGUCAGCUCUUGAGCUCAAGUGUAGGCUAAAAGCAACACUUGAGGCAGAUUUUUGUCAACUGAGCGAUGCAUAAAAGCAUUUGCCUUCUUUAUAUUUCCUCAUAAAUAUGGUUUGACUUAAUCUUUUUCCGCCUUUAGGGAGCUUAAAAAAAAAAAGAAGUCAACUUUUGACUUUGGAAAGUUUUACUACUUGAAGUAGUAGAUUCAUAAACCACUCCUCGAAAAUGAUGUGAAUGUUUUACCAGUAAAUAACUUGAAAUUGAAGCCUGUGUGAAUGAGGAGAGUAUUUGGUCUGUUCUGCAGUUGCCAAAUGCCACUGACAGUAUUAAAUAAGGAUUUUUAUGUUACAUACCAGAUAUUUAAAAUGCACUUUCAGAAUUAUAUUACAACAGAGAGGACUGGGUGGUUCACAUUAGAUGCUACACUAUCCGAAUGAAUCCAAACCAAAAGUGCUUGGCAUUUCAAAGUACUACAGCUGAGUAUGUGCCAUAUAAAUAUUCACGUCUGCCAUGUUUACUAUUUGAAGAAAAUGAAUGGUGUAGACUUGUGUGUUUGUUUUUAAUAUGAUGUGUGGUCUGUCGAGAACACAUGGACGAUAUGUUUUUGCAACAUUACUUUGAAUGUGGUGUGAUGGUCUAUAUGUAUCAAUCAAACUGGAAACUGAAAAAUGUGUGUACAGUCAAUAUGUCUUU